GUAUGUUCCACUGUAGGACUUGUACAGAUGAUCUGUGUAACCUGUGAAGUUAGUUGAAAGCUCCGCCCAAUUUCGAUACAAUCUAUGAACAAACAAACACCCACCUCUUUAUUCUCACCAUAACUCACUCUCUUCCCAACAUAUACAACACCCCGUUUCUUUCUUUUCUUGAUUUUUCAAUCCAAUUGCUCCUCAUUUCCUAAUCUUCUCCUCAAUUCAGCCCAACCCCAUUUAAAAAUGGCUCAUCUUUUGAACACUUCCUUCAUCUCCACCACCAAAACCCCCUCUCUGUACCGGCCAGCCACUCUUUUAGCCCAACCCCAGUUGAAGAAACCCACAAAAAUCCAGGCCAAGAUCAGGGAAAUCUUCAUGCCUGCACUUAGUUCUACAAUGACUGAAGGAAAGAUUGUGUCUUGGGUGAAAUCAGAAGGUGAUAAGUUGUCCAAAGGGGAGUCAGUGGUUGUGGUGGAGUCUGAUAAGGCUGAUAUGGAUGUGGAGACUUUUUAUGAUGGCUAUUUGGCUGCUAUUAUGGUUGAUGAAGGGGGUGUUGCUGCUGUGGGAUCAGCUAUUGGUCUUUUAGCUGAGACUGAGGAGGAGAUUCAAAUGGCUAAAGAUAAGGCUUCGACUAAUGCGGGUUCAUCUUCUGCUCCGGUUGCUGCUGCUGCUGCGGCUCCUGCUCCAGUGGAGGCUGCUGUUAGUGUUUCUGCUCCUAAGGCAAAUGAUUCUGCCCCCAAGGCCAAGUCAGUAACUGGAUCUUCAGUGCAUCCUGCAUCAGAAGGAGGUAAAAGGAUUGUGGCAUCCCCAUAUGCAAAGAAGUUGGCCAAGGAGUUGAAGGUAGACUUAAGUGGUGUUGUUGGAACUGGACCAAUGGGUAGGAUUGUUGCCAAGGAUGUUGAAGCUGCAGCAGCUACAGGUGUUGUAGUUGAUACGGCUAAGACAAAUGUUAGUGUUAAGCCAGAUGCUGGCCCGAAAGUUGAAUUGGGUUCGGUUGUUCCAUUUACCGCAAUGCAGGCGGCUGUCAGUAGAAAUAUGUUGGAGAGCCUUGCAGUGCCUACAUUUAGGGUUGGAUAUACGAUUUCAACUGAUGCACUUGAUGCCCUCUACAAGAAGAUAAAAUCAAAGGGAGUGACCAUGACGGCAAUGCUAGCAAAAGCGACAGCUCUUGCACUGGCUGCACAUCCUGUGGUGAAUUCGAGUUGUAGGGAUGGAAAGAGCUUUACAUAUAACAGCAGCAUUAACAUUGCUGUUGCUGUGGCUAUCGAUGGGGGGUUGAUUACACCUGUCCUUCCUGAUGCUGACAAGGUUGACAUAUACACAUUAUCACGCAAGUGGAAGGAGUUGGUAGACAAGGCUCGUGCAAAGCAGCUGCAACCACAUGAAUACACCACAGGCACUUUUACUCUGUCCAACCUGGGCAUGUUUGGUGUGGAUCGCUUUGAUGCCAUUUUACCACCAGGCACUGGCGCAAUUAUGGCUGUAGGAGCAUCUCAGCCCACUAUUGUUGGUACCAAAGAUGGUCGGAUUGGCAUGAAAAACCAGAUGCAGGUAAAUGUGACAGCUGAUCAUCGUGUAAUUUAUGGUGCUGAUCUAGCAUCAUUUCUGCAAACACUAGCUAAGAUAAUCGAGGAUCCUAAGGAUCUCACUUUCUAGCUUCAUUGAGAAUACUUUCUUGUAGCGACGGCUCUAGUCCCCUCUUAUCAGGCCCGACCAAAGCUCAACUCCAGAAAAAAGUUCGCAAGCCAGAAUGUUUUGUUUGUCUUUUUAAUAGUUGCUUUUGGCAGGCAGAGUAGCAUUACAAAUUAUAAUUAUACCAUUUCGUAAAAAUUUCUCCCCAGUGCAAUGCUUGAAAAUAUAGAUUGUUAAUUAAUGACUCAA